AUGAACCAAAACCUUCAAGAGAAGCACACUGGCAUGUCGCUGGGUAUCCAGCGCAACGGCAGCCGGCUCGCGGAGCUCAUGGUGGCGGAUACCCUCGUUGCUGCAGGCUCAGCAACGUUGAUUACACCAGCGGUGAUGAUCUUUGACAGACUCGUCGUCGAAAAGUCCUUCUACAAUCAACCACUCUUUCCCGCAUUCCGCAGACAUCUCUGGUUCUCCAUCACCCAACCAGCCACAUUCUUAGUUUCGCGCCCUAGCCUGCUCGUCUGGGGCCUUUAUACUGCAACAUUUGCAACCGCCAACAUGUCCGAAACCCUCCUCAAUAAAGUCUAUCCCAAGAUCGACCAUGCCAUUGCCGGUAUGACCACAUUCGCAUCCACCUUCGUGGUCAACUCCUCCGUCGGCAUCUGGAAAGAUGUCAAAUUCGCCCAAUUAUUUGGCAGCCCAAAGCCAACAAAGACACCAUCCCCAACACCACAACCUGAUGCCAAACCACCUCCUCCCCAAAAGAUGCCACAUACUCAGCUUUCCUUUCUCCCCGCAAUGGUCUCGGCUACUAUCCCGGACUCCAUUGCUUCGCAGGAAUAUCUCAAAAUCCUCAUCGCGCAACUCGCCAUCCCGGCCUCCAUCCAGCUUAUCAGUACCCCGAUCCACCUCUUCGGCCUGGACGUAUACAACCGGCCGCAAGUGAUGCCUACAAAAGAGCGUGUCGCACGAAUUAGCCGCGACUGGAUCGGCGCCUCGCUACUUCGAAUGUGUCGCAUUAUCCCCGCAUUUGGAAUCGGGGGCUUCGUGAAUACCGAAGGCAGACUCUAUCUACAUGACCAGCUUGAUGAGCGUCGCACCCCUUCAUGA